AUGGCAUGGUCCAUCGCUCAAAAUGAAGUUGUAUGCUCGCCAAACUCAUGUAGUUUGCCAGCGUUGCAGUUUAUAGUAUUUCUAACCAAUUAUCUUGGUUAUUCAUUUGACAGUCAAUUUGUGAACAACAAUGAAAAGACCAUAUCAAAGUACGAUUUUAUCAUCGUUGGUGGUGGAGCUGCUGGUUGUGUUAUCGCAAAUCGUCUGAGCGAAAUUAAAAAUUGGAAGAUUUUAGUGCUUGAGGCAGGUGAUGAAGAACCAAUAUUAGCAGAGAUGCCAGCGGCGGUACAAUUCGUAAGCCAAAGUAGCGUUGACUAUAAUUACUAUACUCAACCAGAGAAUCACGCAUGUAACGCUAGAAAAAAUAAAAGGUGUUAUCUCCCACGUGGAAAAGCUUUAGGAGGGUCGAGUGUCAUUAAUGGAAUGAUGUACAUUCGAGGAAAUAAGUUUGACUAUGAUACGCUUGCAAGUCGUGGAAAUGCAGGCUGGGGAUGGAAGGACGUUUUACCUUAUUUCAAAAAAUCAGAGAAUCUCAGGUAUCCUGAAAUUUUAGAAAAAUAUCCGGAUGCUCAUUCAACUGGUGGAUAUCAAACAGUUCAGGGAGUGCCCAAGAAUAAUGUUAGUGACACAAUUUUCGAAGCUCUUAAAGAAGUUGGUUACGCAGAAACAGACUAUAAUUCCGGUGAACAGCUUGGGUUGUCGAGAGUCCAAUUUACUCGCAUAAACGGAGCCCGCCAAAGUGCAAAUGGUGCUUUCAUCAGACCUAUCCGCGGAAGAAGAUCUAACUUGGUUAUUAAGCUGAAAACACAAGUUACUAAAAUAAUAAUCGAUGAACGUAAAAAUAGAGCCAUUGGUGUAGAGUAUGUGACUGGAAAUUCUCGAAGGAUACAAAGAACUUUUGCUUCGAAGGAAGUUAUAGUUUCGGGUGGUACCAUAGAAUCGCCAAAGCUGCUGAUGCUCUCUGGGAUAGGUCCUGCGGCAGAGCUGAAAGAAGCUGGUAUCAAGAUAACAAAGGAACUACCUGUAGGAUCAUUUCUUCAAGAUCAUACCUCUAUUAGCCCAGUCUUGGUUGAAUUUCCCAGUAAUUUUACUGAGAAAUUGACGUAUAAUUUAGUUCAAAAUGAUAUGAGCUACUGGCUCAGUACUCACGAAGGGGUAAUGUCAGAGUCAGGGAUAUUUGAUCCCCAAUUGUUCCUCAGAACGUCAUUAGAAAGUGAAAACAAAGUUCCAGACAUUCAGACAUUGUUCAUCAAGUAUUUAGAUGCAAAAUCUGAUUUCAGAUUGAGUAAUUUCUCGCCAUACUACAACAGAUUUUUAAUCGGAACUCAUCUAAUGUCUCCCAAAAGCAGUGGCUCGUUAAAGUUGAACAAAACUGAUCCCAUUUGGAGUCAUCCAUUGAUUUACAUAAAUUAUUUGAAAGAUCCACGUGAUCUUCAAACCCUCAUCGAAGGAGUACGAAUAGCAAAUAAAGUACUGGAGACGUCAGUUUUUAAAAAAGCAGGAUACAAGCGCAUACCGAUUCCAGCUCCAGGUUGUGAAAAAUAUGACCAAGACUCGGAUGAAUUCUACAAGUGCUUCGCUAAGAAUUUCGCAGGUACGGAUUACCAUCCCGUAGGUACUUGUCCAAUGGGUCCGAAAAGUGAUCCAACUUCCGUGGUGGAUUCAAGAUUACGCGUACAUGGGAUAUCUGGCUUGCGUGUUAUUGACGCAUCUAUUUUACCCUUUACUCCCAGAGGAAAUACGUAUGCUCCAACUUUAAUGAUUGGCGAAAAAGGAAGUGAUCUUGUGAAAGACGAUUGGUUGAAGACGAAUUAA